GUGGUGUGAGUGAGACACGUUGGGCACAGAUCGCCAAUAGCAUCGAUUUAGACGUGAUAGGGAUAUCCCAUAUCUGAGGGCCACCUUCUCUCCCUUGAAAGGGCAGCUCGUCUUCCCUACUUGUACUUCAACCUCGCCCGAGCCUGACUCGUUAUCGCCCACGAACUUUAAACUCCUCAAGAGCUCCUCCUCCCACCUCCCGCUUCUUUGUCUCCUCCGACACUCUUCCGCGCAAUCAAACAAUUCAAGAGACGAGUCUCAACCAACUGUUAAAAUGACUCAACUCAACGGCCAAAACCGGGCUCCGAACACCUACAGCAAUGGACACGGCAAGUUUUUCCAGGACUUUGGUGUGUGGAAAGAGGCUCCUCUGCUUAAGGGCACUACGAAGUUUGAGCCUCUGCCCGACGUCAAGAAUAUCAUGAUUACCGGCGGCGCCGGCUUCAUCGCAUGCUGGCUGGUCCGCCACCUUACUCUUACUUACCCUGACCACUACAACAUAUACUCUUUCGACAAACUUGACUACUGCUCGUCCUUGAACAACACCCGUGUCCUCAACGAGAAGUCGAACUUCACCUUUGUCCACGGCGACAUCACCAACCCCACAGAAGUUGUCAACUGCCUGAAGCGGUACAACAUCGACACCAUCUUCCACUUUGCUGCCCAAUCGCACGUCGAUCUGAGCUUCGGCAACUCGUACGGAUUUACACACACCAACGUCUACGGCACUCACGUGCUGCUCGAGAGCGCCAAGAGCGUCAACAUCAAGCGCUUCAUCCAUAUCUCCACUGACGAGGUUUACGGUGAGGUCAACGACGACGAUGACGACCUCCUUGAGACUAGCAUCCUUGCCCCCACCAAUCCCUAUGCGGCCAGCAAGGCGGCGGCUGAGAUGCUUGUCCAGUCUUACCAGAAGAGCUUCAAGCUCCCCGUCAUCAUUGUGCGCAGUAAUAACGUGUACGGCCCGCACCAGUUCCCCGAGAAAAUCAUUCCCAAGUUCACCUGCUUGCUGAACAGAGGCCAGCCUGUUGUCCUGCAUGGCGACGGAAGUCCCACCCGGCGCUAUUUGUUCGCAGGUGAUGCGGCCGACGCCUUCGACACCAUCUUGCAUAAGGGCCAGAUGGGCCAGAUUUACAACGUCGGAUCCUACGACGAAAUCUCCAACAUCGACCUCUGUAGCCAUCUUCUCAAGCAGAUGAACAUUCCCUUCUCCACGACGGACGAGUUCAAGAAGUGGGUCAAGUACACCCACGAUCGGCCGUUCAACGACCACCGUUAUGCCGUCGAUGGCACCAAGCUCCGUCAGCUCGGAUGGGACCAGAAGACGAGCUUCGCCGACGGUUUGCGCAUCACGGUCGAGUGGUACCGUCAGUUCGGCGAGGAAUGGUGGGGCGACAUCACGUCGGUUCUCACGCCUUUCCCUGUCGUGCAGGGUCUGGACGUAUCUGCGGACCAGGAGCCCAUUGCUGACUCCCCUCCCACCCCGGAGUCGAAAAAGAGGAAGGUGAUUGAAGGUGCCAAUGGUUCCAACAGCACCACUAACGGCACCAACGGCCUUGCCGUCAGAGCAUAGGAGGUGUCCUUCUUUGGUGACGGACGAUGGAAGCGCAUAGGGAUGUUGGCAGGCGACGAAAGACGACGUAAUUAUCAAGAAUGUCACGCCUGGGAUUUGGUUCACAAGAGUUGCCAUUUGCAGGACAUUUCUGGCGCUCGGCAGGGGCGCACGGCACAGUAUGGGUGUUAAUCAUAGAGGAACAUGUCAUUGGGAAUGAGAAUGAAUUCAAACGUCACUUGGUUUUCAAGACACCAAAGUGAGAUGGAUGUAGGCGCAAACUUGUUCCUGUUCUCGAAGACACAGACGGCGGAUAUUCACA